GAGGUACAUAUCAUAGCCCUCAUCGAGACACCAUCACAGUCAUGUUUCCACGAUUGUACACAGCUUGGGCUCUCUGUGCCAUCACCUGGGCGGCGCCCAGCACUCGCCCGCAGCUGCGAACAUCUCAGGGCAAGAUUGUUGGUGGACAAGAUUCUUUAAAAGGUCAAUUCCCAUACCAAGUGAGCUUCCAAGAAAAAAUCCUGGGCAUCAACUUCCACUUCUGCGGCGGCACUAUCAUCGCGUCGGACUUCGUGGUAACAGCGGCGCACUGUGUGGAGGGAGCAGACUUUACGUCACCCAAGGGAUUGCUGGUGGUUGCAGGGGAACAAGAUCUGGAGCAAGAUGACGGUGACGAACAGCAAUUUCACAUAGAAUUUAUAAUUGAACAUCCAUUCUAUGAUCCGAUCACCUACGAGAACGACGUUGCUCUGCUGCGACUUGCAGAACCUUUGGUAUUCAAUCAGCUUGUUGCUCCCCUGGCAUUACCGCAACCGGGGCAGAAUUUCACAAGCGAGAUGUGUCUUGUUUCGGGAUGGGGAACAACCAGCGAGGGAGGAUCAUCUUCAAAUAUCCUGCAGUACACUGAAAUCCCUGUCGUCAGUGACAGACGGUGCCGAGCCACGUACACUGAUGAUGAAAUUAUGGAUUCGAUGAUCUGCGCUGGGUAUGAGGAAGGAGGAAGAGACACCUGCCAGGGGGACUCCGGAGGACCCCUAGCCUGUGGCGGUGCUCUAGCAGGGAUCGUGUCGUGGGGCUACGGCUGUGCCCGGCCUGGCGUGCCCGGGGUCUACACCGAGGUCACUUAUUUCUUGGACUGGAUAAAUGCCCAUACGAGGAAACAUUGAAAAUGUUUGUAUCAGAUUUACAGAUUCAAUUCUCUACUAGGAGCAAUAUGUGGUGAAGUCGACGCCCUGAUAACCAAAAUGAAAUUUCACUAGCAUGAUGUAUAUAAAAAUCCAUAAAAUUCCA